CCAGCCUCCGCGGGCCCCCGGCUCGGCAGCCGUCACAAGGCUGCCCGCGGGGCCCACUUGCAGGGAUGACAGCGCCUGAGGGGUCCAGUCGGGCUCAUCUUCCGGAAGAUUCCUACGGUCGGGGUCCGAGGGACAACCCUGCGCACAGGGCCCCGCAAAUCCGGGGACAGACGGCGGAAGGGGCGCUCCCGCCUGGAGGAAUACCAUGAUCAACUAGCCAAUGACAUAGGUCUGCACAAGUCAGACUAUCCGGAUUGCUGCUCUGACUCUGCUGUCCACCAGUGCCGCCACUUGGUCCCUGCAACCCUAGGACCCAAUUACUCCUGUUGCAUUUAGGUUCCCCAAUUCAGUGGCUACAGUUCCCACUGUAAGGUCUGGCCUACAGAGAAGAGCGAUCACAGAGCCCUUCACGGAUGCUGGAGCUCCCCUCACAAACUGCUAUGGAUGUCCUCAGGUGCCCACGGUGGAUUCAGGACUUCCACGCCGACGGGUCCCGGGGCACAAGCUGAAGACAGACGGUCAGCGAGAAGGCGGGACGCUCUACACGUAAAGAACCUCAAGUCCCAGAAUCCCAUGGGGACUCCAAGUCCCAGAAACCCGCCCGGCAAAUCUACUCCGAGUCCCUAGCCGUCUGACCGCGGACGCGACCAAGACAGGAAACUGGGGCGGCGGCGGCAGUGGGGACCAUUCUCACCAGGUCCGGGUGAAAGCCUACUACCGCGGGGAUAUCAUGAUAACACAUUUUGAACCUUCAAUCUCCUUUGAGGGCCUUUGUAAUGAGGUUCGAGACAUGUGUUCUUUUGACACCGAACAGCUUUUCACCAUGAAAUGGAUAGAUGAAGAAGGAGACCCAUGUACAGUAUCGUCUCAGUUGGAGUUAGAAGAAGCCUUUAGGCUUUAUGAGCUAAACAAGGAUUCUGAACUCUUGAUUCAUGUGUUCCCUUGUGUACCAGAACGUCCUGGAAUGCCUUGUCCAGGAGAAGAUAAAUCCAUCUACCGCCGAGGUGCACGCCGCUGGAGAAAGCUUUAUUGUGCAAAUGGCCACACUUUUCAAGCCAAGCGUUUCAACAGGCGUGCUCAUUGUGCCAUCUGCACUGACCGAAUAUGGGGGCUUGGACGUCAGGGAUAUAAGUGCAUCAACUGCAAACUCCUGGUUCAUAAGAAGUGCCACAAACUUGUAACAAUUGAAUGUGGGAGGCAUUCUUUGCCACCGGAACCAAUGAUGCCCAUGGACCAGUCAUCCAUGCACUCAGACCAUGCACAGACAGUAAUUCCAUAUAAUCCUUCAAGUCAUGAGAGUUUGGACCAAGUUGGUGAAGAAAAGGAGGCAAUGAACACCAGGGAAAGUGGCAAAGCUUCAUCCAGUUUAGGUCUUCAGGAUUUUGAUUUGCUCCGGGUAAUAGGAAGAGGAAGUUAUGCCAAAGUACUAUUGGUGCGAUUAAAAAAAACAGAUCGUAUUUAUGCAAUGAAAGUUGUGAAAAAGGAGCUUGUCAAUGAUGAUGAGGAUAUUGACUGGGUACAGACAGAGAAGCAUGUUUUUGAGCAGGCAUCUAAUCACCCUUUUCUUGUUGGGCUGCAUUCUUGCUUCCAGACAGAAAGCAGAUUGUUCUUUGUCAUAGAGUAUGUUAAUGGAGGAGAUCUAAUGUUUCAUAUGCAGCGACAAAGAAAACUUCCUGAAGAACAUGCCAGAUUUUACUCCGCAGAAAUCAGUCUAGCAUUAAAUUAUCUUCAUGAACGGGGGAUAAUUUAUAGAGAUUUGAAAUUGGACAACGUGUUGCUGGACUCUGAAGGACACAUUAAACUCACUGACUAUGGCAUGUGUAAGGAAGGAUUACGGCCAGGAGAUACAACCAGCACUUUCUGUGGUACUCCUAAUUACAUUGCUCCUGAAAUUUUACGAGGAGAAGAUUAUGGUUUCAGCGUCGACUGGUGGGCUCUUGGAGUACUAAUGUUUGAGAUGAUGGCAGGAAGGUCUCCAUUUGAUAUUGUUGGGAGCUCUGAUAACCCUGAUCAAAACACAGAGGAUUAUCUUUUUCAAGUUAUUUUGGAAAAACAAAUUCGCAUACCACGUUCUUUGUCUGUAAAAGCCGCAAGUGUCCUGAAGAGCUUCCUCAACAAGGACCCAAAGGAACGAUUGGGUUGUCAUCCUCAAACAGGAUUUGCUGAUAUUCAGGGACACCCAUUCUUCCGAAAUGUUGAUUGGGAUAUGAUGGAGCAAAAGCAGGUGGUACCUCCCUUUAAACCAAAUAUUUCUGGGGAAUUUGGUUUGGACAACUUUGAUUCUCAGUUUACUAAUGAACCUGUCCAGCUCACUCCAGAUGAUGAUGACAUUGUGAGGAAGAUCGAUCAGUCUGAAUUUGAAGGUUUUGAGUACAUUAAUCCUCUUUUGAUGUCUGCAGAAGAAUGUGUCUGAUCCUCCUUUCUCAACUAUGCAUUUUGCUUGUGUUGCCAUUUAGUGCAUGGAUAAACUUGUUACCAGCCUGGAUGCAAAGAACCAUUUUAUAUUUUUCACCUGCAAGAAAAGCACUCAGUAUAUUCUAUUGUUGACUGUAAGAGUCAAUUAUUACAUCUAAGUUUAACUAUGGAGAAAAAAUGAAACUACUUUGCAGACAAUCAUGUCAAAAUUUAGUUACACUGGUAAUCCAGCAACCUACUGAUGAAUAACAAAGUUGUCUUUUUUGUUUAAAGGAAGUACUGACUAAAAAGAUUAUCUGUUGCAUUAAGGCACAUGGUGGGAUUACAUCAUAAGCCUCCCCUGAUUUUUGUCAUACUCAUGAAGUCAUUUAAGUGUUUAAUUUUGGAAUAAAAGAGUAAUGUAAAAUACAACUUGUUAUAUUACCUAUUACUUUCUGAGUUCUAUGUGUUUAAAAAUUCAGCUGUAAACUUUAUCAUUGCUUUAGCAAAUUAAAUUAUUGAUUUUUAAGGCUACAAUUAUAAAUUGGUAAUAAAAGAUGUUGCUUGCUUAGAAUGAGGGAAUACAGAUUCUCCUUGAGGAGGAAAAUAGGCACAUUUUAUUAAGAAUCAGAUUCCAGAUCAUUAGCUGUUUUUGAAAAACUGAUUCAAGUGAUUUCUUUAGUAUGUUACGGGGUUAGUGUCUGAGCUUGUCCCUGUAGUGGGAACUUUAACUGGAGUGUUAAUAAAUAUAGUUCAAAGAACCCAGGAUGCAGUUAAAUGGAACACUUCUCAGUAUAUAAAAAGGAAAAAAUAGAAACUUAAAAUAGGUACAGAAAAGUGCAAUGGUAAUAUUUAUUUCUUAUUGGACAGUAAAUCUCACAGUCGCUUUUUGUGAUUUGACUUAAAUAAUAAGGAAGCAUUCACUUGCUACCAAAUGUAAAAGCAUUCCAUUAUCCAGUGGACACAGAAUGUAUAUUAUUUUUUCCUUAUAAGUCAGUAUACAGGAAAAUAAUUUAUCUUCCAAAUAGUGUCUGAACCAUGCUUGUUUCUUCCCCAAACCACAUUAUCCAUACUUUCGGAUCCUUUUUGUGGAGUCUUCAAUGAAACGCAAGAAAAAAUAAUAAAGUAAACAUGAAUAAAUCUUCAGGAUAUGCACGUACACUCACACUCAUCACAGUUCCAGCUCCAUAAGUGAGCGUUUGUUAAGUAGGUAACACAUGUAAUCAGAGUAGAAUACACUUCAGGGGCAGAGUUCUUCAGAUUAUUUUUUAUUAAUAUUAGUGCUUAACAAUUUAUUAUUUAAAGGGAUGUCAAUGAUAGCAUCCUUCUGUUGUUUAUUUUUAACUUUUUUUAUGAAAAGGGACUUAAAAAAUAACCAUGAUCAUUUAAAUUACUUAUAAUUGUCCAAUCUUAGUAAAAUAUAACUUUUAGGAAAGCUAUCUAGUCUUAAAUUUAGAAUGAUUUAAAAUAUGUAGGCAUUUAUUAAAUUACCUCUUUUUGGGGGGCACGAGGAUGCUGCAUUUCAUUUGAAAUGUAAUUUUUCCAAAGUUUCUGGCCAUGUACUCUCUUUUCUUUGAAUAGCUAUGUCUGAAAGCAAUGAAAACCUCCAAGGAAAUGUUUAUAUAAUUUACAUGUUUAUUUAAGAGGUAUGUAUGUUUCUCUUAAGACCUGAAACUUGUUUGAAAACAAAAAGCAAUAUUCACUUCAAAUCAUAAAUUUAUAGAAAUUUUUGACAUAUCAGAAAUAUGUUUAUCAUCUUGCUUUUAAGUGGUACUGUUUCCCUUAGGGCAUUCGUUCUCAAGUUUUAGAAUGUGGACUAAUCACAUAGUAAGUGUGUUUAAUAUGCACAUUACUGGGCCUGCCUUAGAAUUCUGUUGGGUCUUUGGAUCUCAUUUUGAGAAACUUUUUUUUUUUUUUUUU